CUGUUGGCCUACCAUGUGUUUAUCACUCAGAAGAGGUAUCAUAUAAGUUAUGAAUGAACUGAUCUCGAUAUGUGUCGAGUACUACUUUUUGCAGCAUAGUAAAUGACUAUCACAUUUGUGGUUGUCUUUAUAGUAUUUUUCUAAUGGUUUACAAAGUUUCUUUGAAUGUCUACUUAUAGCACCCAAUCAUCUGAUGAAUUCGUAAAGUAGGGAGUAAGCCCGUCGAAUUGUUGACAAGUACACAGAAACUUAUGCUCCAGAAAUUAAUUACUUUAAACAACUGGACUCGUACUAUCAAUAUGUGGAGGCGACUGACGAUAAUGAAGGCUCUUCAACUAUGUUGCGUUCUGGCGUUAAUAUUUCAUUUGGUCGUCUACUUUACUGCCUUGAGUCGAUCGUCCGAAAAACACAAACCUAGAAAAGUGGGGAAAAUUUGGAGAUAUGAUGGACCAGAUGGAAAAGAAAUGGCUCGAUCUAAUGUUACGAUUUACAAGCCACCUGCACGAGGAUGGAUGGAGAAGUAUAAUUGGACACCAAUAGCCCAUGGUAUUUAUGACUUUUUGAUAAACCCUGUGGAAAAGUGCAAGGUGGGAAACGGUAAGUUUACACUUCUGAUCUUGAUCAAGUCAGCAGCUUCUCACGCAUCACACAGGGCAAUCAUCAGAGAAACCUAUGUCAGGUGUAUCGAGAGGAAUAACAUAUCCGCCAGGAUGUUCUUUAUCCUUGGUACUACUACGAACAACACCUACCGCGAAGGUAUCAGACGGGAAGCUGACCUGUACGGAGAUAUCCUACAGGCAGACUUCGCCGACAAUUACUACAACCUCACCAUCAAGUUAAUCAUGGCUUUCAAGUGGGCGGCCACCUUCUGCAACAACAGUGAGUUCUUGAUGUCGGCGGAUGAUGAUGUCGUCAUGGACAUUGCCACCCUUGUCCAAGACUUAAGGGCUUUGCCAUUGAAGCAUCGCUCAAACCUUUGCUUGGGUGAUCCUAUUAUCGCAAGUAAGCCAAUACGAAAUGUGAGAUACAAAAACUACGUCCCGAAGGAGAUGUAUCCGGAAGAUACAUACCCAACGUAUCCGAGUGGUCCCGGAUACGUGCUAUCACAAGAUGUUGUACGAGGACUUUAUGAUGCUUCAAAAGGAUUGCUGCCUAGGACACCAACUGAUGAUGUUUACUGUGGAUUUCUUUUGAAGGCACGAGGAAUUAACAUGGUAGAUAUGAUAACACUCUUCCCUUUACUCCAUCCUGAACGAAGAGGUUUAAAAAAUGAUAAAGAUUACUUGUAUUUUAUGGCUCAACUAUCCCUGAAGGAAAUGAAGAGUACAUGGAACGACUACAGAAGAUAUUGCGUACCUACUGUUCUCGUACACGGAACAACUUCUAACACGACACUCAUCCUGAAAAAGAAUCAAAUUAAAGGAAUUUUCGUUCCUGAAUUAUUAAAGGAAUAGAGAAUAAGUUUGUACAAUAUUAUUUCAUAACACGACAAAAAAAUGCUUUCAGCAUUUAUGAAAUAAAAUAAUUUCAGCGUUAGGUGUAACAUAUUAUAGGAGGGACUUUAUUAUUAUUUGGACCGUGGUACCUCAUAAGAUAAGAGUUAAACGUUUGAAAUAAAUGUGAGCAAGAAUAUUAUUCAAGUUUUUAAACAUGUUCAGCAAAAUUUACACUAAAUGUUUGUCAUAUAUUGUUAGGAAUUUAAAUGAGCCGUUGUAUCUUGGAUAAUAUCAGGAUUCAUUAAAGAUUCGAAAAACUAUCUUUUGUAACAUUUUUUUUUAGAUAUGCCUAUUAUCAUGUAAACACAUGAGAUUUUUUUAAAUGUAUGUUUGUUAGAUGAUAAUUUA